AUGGCAGUUCUUUGUUCCUUUUUGACACUGUUCGAAGUCCAUGUAGAUGUCCAUUUGAUCAGUCGACAAGAUGCCGUAGAUGUCCUAUUGACGAGUCCACAAGCUGCCGUCUUGCCACAAAGCGCCAUCGUACCAGCAAAAUCUGCCAUCUUACCAUCGCAAGCUGUCAUCGUGCCACAAGUUGCCGUCGUGCAACCAACCAACGUUAUCUCAUCAUCAGUAUUCAAAGACGACACGCCAAAAGACUGCCUUCAAUAUGGAACAACGAGCCUGUCAUCUACCGCUGCCAAUGGCAAGUUGGUGAUUGACAGCAAAGCCAUCAGGGCACAAUCAAAGGACAAGCUAGAUCAACUCAAACAAUUCACAGAACCAAGCUAUGAACAGUACAUGAUGGCCAAUCCAGGUCAAGAACAUUACACACUUUGGCACUAUCUCACUCAAACCUAUCACAAGGAUUGUCGACAUGUGGUCGAUAUUGGAACAAGAUAUGCAGCCUCAGCACUGGCGCUUGGUGCUGCUGGAACAAAGGUCCGAACCUUUGAUAUCCCCAAUGGCAAUGAACGCUUCCAAGCAUUUCGAGGCAAGUCAGAACAAGAGUGGAAACAACAGCUGCAAGAACAUCAUGGAGUGCAUAUUGAGUUUUUCAAUCUUGACCUAUUGAAAAUACCCGAUGAAGAAUUCUUGCAGCACAUGGCCACCUGGCUCAUCAUAUUGGAUACAGCCCAUGAACCUGAUUCAAAUCCCUUUGAAAGAGAGUUUCUGCACCGGCUCGUUCAUUUGCCCAAACCCUACAAGGGAUUGGUACUAUUGGAUGAUAUCAAUCUUAAUGAUGAAAUGAAACGAUGGUGGAAGGAAGUCAGCGACAACGCUUACCAAGGGGGAUACCGUGUUCACGAUUUGACAUCUGUGGGGCAUGUCUCUGGAACUGGACUACUGGACUUUUCAGAUAGGGUUAUCAUUGAAGAUGGAGACAGUCCCAGUAGUUGUCCUCAAUGUGGAGCCACUUACUUGUCUUCUACUGCUGCCAAUGGCAAGUUGGUGAUUGACAACAAAGCCAUCAAAGCACAAUCAAAGGACAAGUUAGAUCAGCUCAAACAAUUCACAGAACCAAGCUAUGAACAGUUCUUGAUGGCCAAUCCAGGUCAAGAACACUACACACUUUGGCACUAUCUCACUCAAACCUAUCACAAGGAUUGUCGACAUGUGGUCGAUAUUGGAACCAGAUAUGCAGCCUCGGCACUGGCGCUUGGUGCUGCUGGAGCAAAGGUCCGAACCUUUGAUAUCCCCAAUGGCAAUGAACGCUUCCAAGCAUUUCGAGGCAAGUCAGAACAAGAGUGGAAACAACAGCUGCAAGAACAUCAUGGAGUGCAUAUUGAGUUUUUCAAUCUUGACCUAUUGAAAAUACCCGAUGAAGAAUUCUUGCAGCACAUGGCCACCUGGCUCAUCAUAUUGGAUACAGCCCAUGAGCCUGAUUCAAAUCCCUUUGAGAGAGAGUUUCUGCAUCGGCUGGUUCAUUUGCCAAAACCCUUCAAGGGUUUGGUACUAUUGGAUGAUAUCAAUCUUAAUGAUGAAAUGAAACGAUGGUGGAAGGAAGUCAGCGAAAACGCUUACCAAUGGGGAUACCGUGCUUAUAAUUUGACAUCUGUGGGACAUUUCUCUGGAACUGGCCUGUUGGACUUUUCAGAUAGGGUUAUCAUUGAAGCUGGAGACAGAACAGACAAUGUGUACACAAUGGAAAUACAAGCUUCCACUCAAAGUGUACGCAACCAAUGGAAAGUGGCGGCGAGUGAUGCCUGA